AUGGCAGGUGCCUUCCGACCGGUGAACUCGUCGCUGCUGGGCGAGUCCAUCAAGGAGGAGCCCGUGACGACAUCCUCUUCCUCUUCCGUCACGCCGCGGCCGAGUACGGCAUCACAACAUCCGCCCCAACCACAACCGUCUCGUGCGGUGCCCGACGACUCCAAGACGCCCACUCGAUCGACAUUCAACCCGGCUGCCGCCGAUCCGAAGCCACUGCCCAGCGCCCCGUUCCCUCCCGCCGGACCGGCAUCUGAGUCGCCAGACGGCAUGCCGCGCCGCGAAAGCCCGCAGCAUUCUACCAAGUCAUCCAGACGAGAUUCCAUAGACGUGGACAUGGAUGAUUCCGACGGAGAGACUGGCGUCGGCGCCGACGACGGCACGGUUUCUGAUGGGGACAGCGUAGGUGGCGACGGCUCAAAGUCAAAUAAAAAGAAAAAGUCGCAACGCUUUUAUUGUACCGACUACCCACCAUGCAACCUAAGUUUCACUCGGAGUGAACACCUGGCUCGACACAUUAGAAAACACACUGGGGAACGACCAUUUCAGUGUCAUUGCUCUCGCCGCUUCUCACGACUCGAUAACCUGAGACAGCAUGCCCAGACUGUCCAUGUAAAUGAGGAUAUUCCCAUGGACUCACUCGCGGCAACGGGGUCGCGCUUCCAACGGCAAAUGCGAACCACAGAGAGAGUACGGCAAGCCGGCAACAGAGCAAGAGCAUCCACAAGCGGCAGCGCGGGCGGACCUGUCCGCGGCCACUCCAAGAGCCUGUCCACGUCCAGCAUUGCCAGUAUCAGCUCUGUUGGCUCUGGCUAUGGUCUUCAGGCGGAUGCGAGGAGGCGACCACCGCCCCUCGUGAUGGCUGCUGAUCCUCGGACUCGGAUGUCGCUUGAAUCGUACCGAAGCAAUGCAGACAGCACUUUCUCAUACCGACCUCCCUCUCCGGGCGAUUACAGCGCUCCGACGUCUGCUACCUUCUCGACUGCGCAGAGCAGCCCGAGGUGGGUGUCCGGAAUGCCCUCGCCUACGACAUCCCACACACGCUCCCAAAGCCUGUAUAGCUCCGGAAACCGAACGCCAGGCCGAAGGCUGAGUGUGCCAUCCACCGCAAACCCCUUUCAGUCAGCGCCCGCUCGUCCGUUGUUCAGUGCUGGCCACCUGAACAGUUCGCAUCCGUCGGCUUUUUCACCCGCCGCUUCCAAUCUAGUUCCGUCUCCAACGUCGUCAGCGUCCGGGUGGUCCACCCGGCGAGACUCUGUCUCGAGCAACGGCGACGAGGCGUGGAGGCGUCGCACAUGGCACCCGGACAACCGAAAUUACGGCAACCAGCCGCCGCAACCUCAGUCGAACCAACUAGCAGGAGUCAAUCAGAACGUGGGACCGAAUCCUCCUCCACCCAUCGCAAAGCCCUCAAACGCUCAGUCGUCCUUGCGGCUCCCCGGCAUUGAGUCGUUCGAUCCGCUUCCACGCCGACAUCCAACGCCGCCGCCGCCGCCUCCGCCGCCGCCUCCGCAGCGCCAGCAGCCUGGCCCUUCGGCCAUGGCCAUUGACUCGGAGGCGGCAUAUCGACGACCUUUCCAGCCUGGAGUGGGUGAGACAAUUCAGCCAGACGAACGCCGCAAUUUGAACAUGUACGAUGCCAGCCUGCAACGCGGGUUGAAUCGUCUAGAUAUAAGCCACAAGACGCCCCCUCGUGAUGGUGCCGGAAGUUGGGCUUCGGAGGCCAAUAGGGCUGUCCAAGCCCAGGCUGAGCGCGUUCAGACGCAAACCAGUCAGCCGAGCGUUCGGUUCGAGGACCAGACGCCGCCUUCCCGACAGUUUCCAUCUUCUGUGCACAGUGGUCGACCUCUCCACCAGCAUACCAUGUCGGCGCCAUCGAUCGCAACAGCGAGGGAGAAUAAGAGGCACGGCUGGUACCACAGACCGGGUGUCCCGCUGCAUCCACCCGGCGAGCUCGUGUUGCAGGAUCCCCGCGGUGCCCAUGUUGAUCGUAUGGUUCACCCGAACUUCACUGGUUUUGGCGGUUUUCCCGGCAGGGAACAGCCAGCUCAACCCCAGCAACAGGAUGGGAAAGGAAACCCCGACUCGCUCAGGCGCUUGGAGGCGCUUGUGGCUGUCGCGACGAGCGAGGGGACGACAGCGACAGCCUAUUAG